AUGACUAUCGAGAAUCCGCCGGUAUGGGCUGUUGGAUACGUGCGCAAUCCUUCAAUCAAGUACACAACGUCGACGGGAGAUGUACAGCUGCGAGCCCCGUACUAUGUCACCCAAUACGACUCCAUCCAGGAUGUUAUACUUGCAUUUUUGUCCGACUACAACGAUGCGUUAUCCAGGUCCGAGGCACUAGACAAUCAACUCACUUCAGCUGCAUCGGGCAUCUCGAGCGAGUAUAGCGAUCUGAUUGCUCUGGCUUCCCGACAAGCAUUCGGAGGCAUCGAUAUCACAGUCUCUAAUGCAACAGGCGGUGGCUGGAACACAUCAGACGUCAUGAUUUUCAUGAAAAAUAUUGGCAUUGAUAGUCGUGUCAAUCCUGUUGAAACGCUCUACGCUGCAUUCCCCAUUUUUCUGUACCUCAAUGCGUCGUACGGCAAACCACUUUUGGCACCCCUCCUUGACUACCAAGACUCAUCAUUGUACACUCUUCCGUAUGCUGCGUCAGAUCUGGGCACCCAGUAUCCUGUCGCCUCGGGGGAUAGCUCUACAUCUACUAUGGGCAUCGAACAAUCCGGAAACAUGCUCAUCAUGGUUCUGGCACACGCGAGAGCCUCCGGCGAUGGCUCAUUAAUCGAGCAACAUUACAAUCUGCUGAAGUCCUGGACUAACUAUUUGGUCGCGAAUACGAAGACACCUAACGGACAGGAAUCUGCCGAUGACCAGAACACGGCGAACAUGACCAAUCUUGCCAUCAAGGGUAUCAUUGCCAUCAAAGCAAUGUCAGAGAUUAGCCAGGCUUUCAGUCAAGCUAAUGAUAGCCAGCAAUUUGCGAGUACGGCAGCGGCGUAUGCCAAUACAUGGCAGUCACUUGCAGUAACCUCUGCGAAUGGACAGUUUGAGCACAUAGCCUUUAGCUAUGGAGACACUAGCUCAUGGGCGCUGAUGUACAACCUGUAUGCCGAUCGUCUCCUUCAAACAGGCUUGAUUGCGGAGUCCCUCUACGAUGCGCAAGCUACAUACUACCAAGAUCUUAUAACUUCCAACGGCGCAUGGAUGGCAUUUGCGGCUGCAACUGUAUCCAAUACGACCAUCCGCAACAACAUGAUAUCCAUGGCAUGGGCGCACGCGGCGUCCAACUUGACACCUGGUGUCUUCCCGACCAUGUAUGACGUGAUUACUGGAGAUGUAACGGAGAGCUACGCAAACCCUGGUCAGGGAGCAAUGUUUGCCCCGUUGGCAUUGAGAUUUAACAGAGGUCUCACUGCGUAUAGUGUCUCGAACAAGUCUAUCGUAUUCCCCCCGUCGACUGUUGGCCAUGUUUCGAACAAGACGCAUGUCAAUGUGGGUGCUAUUGCUGGUGGCGUCGUGGGCGGCGUCUUCGCUUUAGGCCUUAUCUUAGUGGCAAUUUUACUCUGGAGGAGGAGAACGCGUGUCGUUUCACGCAGGGAUAAAGACUACGUGAUCGAGAAUCCUGAGCCACUGGCAUUCCCCUACGAAUCUGCGCCCUUCGUGCCGUCACGCGAAGCAGAGCCUCGGGGACCAACGCCGCCUGUCAUGAUGUCGUCCAAGCUGCGCGAACACUUGCGUGGCCAGCAACAUCAGUCAACGCCGUCAUCUUCCGCUUAUUCCAUCACAGCGCCGGGAUCCAGUAGAGAGCCACCAUCUACUCUGGGGACCGGAUCGGACGUUGCUUCGUUGUCACCAAACGAGAUCAUUGGCCUAAGGACAGAAGUGGAGAACCUGCGGAGGGUCAUGCAAGAGCUGCACGCAGACAGAUUGGAGGCGCCGCCGGAAUACGAAGGGUAG